AAAAGGUGGAGCCAGCGGAGGUGCUAGGAGCUGCUCCGCCAGGACGGGGUCGCUGGGGUCCCAGGCUGGGAGCUGAGCGCUGAGACCCGCAGGUGCCGGCAGGAAAGCACCAGCUCAGCGCACCAACUUGCUAUUUCUGCUCAGCCGAGGUCCUACCCUCGGAGCCCGCGACUCUCGACUGCUGUCCACGCGUCCCCGAGGACCCCGCACCUCACCUGUAUUCCCGUCCAGCUGCAGCGAUGAGCGAGCUUAACACCAAAACAUCCCCAGCAGCCAACCAGGCAUCUGGCCCAGAGGAAAAAGGGAAGGCUGGCAAUGCCAAGAAGGCUGAGGAGGAGGAGGAGAUUGACAUCGAUCUGACAGCACCAGAGACGGAGAAGGCUGCACUUGCCAUUCAGGGCAAGUUCCGGCGAUUCCAGAAAAGGAAAAAGGACCCCAGCUCCUGAAUGGCCAGCCUUGCCCUUCACGCUGCUACCUUCUUUCCCCUUCUCCACAGCCCUGACUCCCAUGUGUCUUGGCCCUUUGUCCCUCUAGCCUCUCACUGAGGCAAAGUCAACCUUUCUAUAUUUUUUUCUCUGGCACUCUGAAGCCAUCACAGCAGUAAGAGGCACAAGGAGCAUGGAGAAGAUGAGGAACUUCAGUUGGCAGCUGUUUCCCUAAGGGUGAACCAGUCUCUCCUUGGGCUGAGUGUCUAGGCCUGCCCUGUGGGGUUGGAGCACAAGAGGCUUUGAGGUUGAGAGGUCCCCACCACCACCAACAACAACAAUGUGGGAAAGAGGGAAAACCUUUAGAGGAGGGUGCCUGAGAGUGGGGCAGAGGCACUGUCUGCCAGUUGCCACAUUCACACUUCCUGUGACAUUCUUUCCCUUUCAGAUCCUUCUGCACUACCAGCUCCAGUUUCCUAAGAUCAAAGUCACAGUGGGGACUGGAGCCUCCUUUGCCCCAGGCAGCUUACCGUGUUAGUGCAUGCUGAGCAGCUUAGUUCCCACCCAGGGAGGCAAGGAAAAUUUUCCUUCACUAUCCAGUCUAAGAUUAUAGUGGGCAGAGGCAGGACAGGCUCCAGGGGCUGUAAACAGGGAAACGAGGUGUAGAGGGGAUUUAGGUAAGAAAGAAAAGUCAAGAAUGGGAAGAUCUCUAAAGCCAUGGGCUACAGCCAGUAAAACUGUAGUACAUGAAAGAUUCUUGGGGCUUUGCUAACCUGCCUGCCUCUAACCGUCAACUUUAGCCACACCACCCACCUCAAGCUGCACGAGCCAAGUGACCCUGGUAGUUCCCACCUGCCCCACUGUGGAGUCAGGGCAGACACGGAAUAGCUACUCUGUGAUUUUAGCAUGUUUAACAAUUAUAACAAUAAAAACCCCUCAGAUGGGGUCAUUGAACCUCUA